GGUUUAAAGUCUCCUGACUUGGCACAACUUGAUGACAGUUAUGAGCACGACAACCAGCUGGCAACAUUUGUCAUCGGUUUAAGUGAUGUCACAAUCAUCAACAUAUCAAUGGAGAACUCAACAGAGAUGAAAGACGUUCUGCAAAUCGCUGCUCAUGCACUCCUAAGAAUGAAAAAACUUGGGAAAAAGCCAGUGUGUCAUUUUGUGCAUUUGAGCCUCCAAAACGUUGGAGGAGGUUCCGCUCACUCCAAGUGCAUGGUAGAGAGAAAACACCUCCUGGAACAACUCAAUGAAAUUAUGCAAAUUGCAUCUGAAAUAGAAAAACUACGUUCCUUUAGUUUAUAUAUUUUAGUGGAAAGCCAAGAGAUAAACAUAUGUGUGAUCAUAAAUACUGCAAAUGGACUAAAACCGUCUCAGUCUCCUGCCUCCUGGUUGAGGGAUCCUUUUGAUCUUGACUGGGAUGAUGAAGAUAACGCUGAUACCAGAAUCAAUCGACUUGGCCUCAUAGUGGCCCUUUUCCUGUGUGCUGACAGUGUGCUACAACAACAAAUUACCUUAAAGAUGUCAAUCUGCCAGAUUUCUGUCACACUGCUGCAUCCCCAUGGCCGUAAAAGUCAGAGCAGCCUGAAAACA